AUCAUUGUUUAAUUUGAAUUAUAAAUACGAGUAUCUGGUGUACACAGUUGUAGUUGUUGCAGUUGUUCAUUUCACUUAUUCACGCCAUACACCUUGUACCUUCGUUAUUCGUAUUCUUCAAUACUUUUCUAUGCCAGUAACCAGUGACCACCGAUCACCGACAUACAACCUAUACAACUAUUGAACUAAACAAGUAUACAACUAAAGUUUGAACUAGAUACCUACUAAAUUGCCAAAUUGGUCGAUAUUCUUCUGAACAGUACUUAUUAUUUGUUUCUACUGUUUACAUGUUAAAUAACUUAGUAGUCGAUACUUCGUAGUUCGUAGACGCCGCAAAUCAAAAUGUUUAGCUUUCGAGUAUUGAAACUAUAAUGUUCUGGUAUACUAGACAUCUCAGUAGAUCGAUUAUGUUUGUAUAGUUUUUAUAUUAUAAUAUACUAUUGAGGUUACCAUUUUGGAUAAGUUUUUUGAAAAAUUAUUUACACUCAAAUUAUUUACAAACUUAUAAAUAAGUCCGAUUUUUCAAUUUACUUUUUAUAACAAUGGAUUCCAAAUCAAAAAAGUAUGAAAUUAUUGAGUUUUUGGGUGAAGGACAGUUUGCCACAGUGUAUAAAGCUAAGGAUUCAGUAACCGACAAAAUUGUUGCUGUCAAAAAGAUUAAAGUUGGUACUGCGGAAGACGCUAAAGAUGGUGUUAAUCGUACGGCUCUCAGAGAAAUAAAACUUCUUAUUGAACUUGAUCAUGAAAAUAUCAUUGCUUUGUUUGAUGUUUUUGGUCAUUUGUCAAAUAUAUCUUUAGUGUAUGAUUUUAUGGACACAGAUCUUGAAGUCAUUAUUAAAGAUUCAUCAAUAGUAUUCACUCAGUCCCACAUUAAAGCAUAUACAAUAAUGACACUAAAAGGAUUGGAAUAUUUACAUAUGAAUUGGAUUUUACAUAGAGAUUUAAAACCAAACAACUUAUUAGUGAAUAAAAAAGGUAUAUUAAAAAUUGCUGAUUUUGGUUUAGCAAAACGAUUUGGAACACCGGAUCGUUUACACACACAUAGGGUAGUCACUAGAUUUUAUAGAGCACCAGAACUACUAUUUGGUGCACGGGCAUAUGGUCCUGCUGUUGACAUUUGGGCAGUUGGCUGUAUAGUAGCUGAACUUUUACUUAGAGUUCCAUUUUUACCCGGUGAAUCUGAUUUAGACCAGUUAACCAAAAUAUUUACCACCCUAGGAUCACCAAAUGAAGAAACUUGGCCGGGUGUUUCUAAACUAUCUGAUUAUGUGGUAUUCAAAAAAUUUCCGGCAAUUCCUUUAAGAGAAAUAUUCACAGCAGCGCCAAAUGAAUUACUAGAUGUAAUUGGUGGUAUGCUUAAUGUGAAUCCAUUGGCGAGACCUACAAGUUCUGAAGCAUUACAAAUGCCAUACUUUAGUAAUCGACCACCACCUUCAUUAGGUAGUCAACUGCCAAUACCAUCCUGUAUCAGAGAUAGUAAUCCAGAAGAUCAGGAUCAGGAUGCCAAAGGACAAAAAAGGAAAUUCACUGAUUAUUCAGAUGGAGGAACACAACCAAAACGUUUAGUCUUUGAUAACUUCGUAUAAGUAUGUUAAGCACACCAACAAGAAAUAAUUCCUUACAUUUAAGUUGUAUAUUAUAUUUUUGUACACAUUAAAAUUAAUUUAAAUAUCA